AUGGCUACCACGCAAAAGAAUGAGUCUCCUCAGGAAACAGUAUUCGGAGGUGCUGAAGGACCAGACGCUAUGUAUGUUAAAUUGGUCUCAUCGGACGACCAUGAAUUUUAUGUCAAGCGCGAAUAUGCCUUGACUAGCGGCAUAAUAAAGGCAAUGCUUUCUGGUCCUGGUAUGUUUGUGUCUUCGAUGAUAGUGGUUGUCUUCCUUCUAUCUGCCUUUUGUUCAUGGUUCGAAAAACAGAAUCAUUGUUUACUGGUACAGCAUCUGGGUUUUGAGUCCAAAUUAUUGUAA